GCCUUCGGAUGACACGCCGCCACUUUCUAACUACUUUCUAUCCCCCGUGAAACCGAAGAGCAACCAAGAGUGACAAUUCAGGUGAGACUGAGAAAGCCACUUCCCUUCACCUAAGCAUAGUUGCUACAUCUUCAUUGGCCUUUAAGAUCUGCAGCACAAAGGUUUCCAAAUCUACUGUAACAUCCAAGUGGGUCAGAGGAACACUAUUUAUUGCUUGAGGACAUUAUGGCACAGCAUUGGACUAUGGUCUUCACUCUGCCACUGCUGUGGAUUCUCAUCAUUUCCAUCCCAGAGCUUCUAGAUGGCUCCCAGUGCCCCAGCCAUUGUACCUGCUCUUUCUCUGAACAGUUUGUCCAUUGUGCUAAUGCCAGCUUAUCUUCUCUUCCCACCAACAUCUCUUCCACCACAGUGGAGCUCGACCUGCAGUUCAAUCAGUUUGAUAGGCUCCUGGCAGCCUCUUUUCCAGAUUUGCCCGAGCUCAGCACUCUUUACUUGGGGAGCAGUCAUGUGCACUGGAUUGAGCCAGGAGCUUUUCAGGGAGUUAGGAAUUUGUAUCAUCUCCAUCUGGACAACUGUCUUUUAGAAGAAAUCUCAGAAGGAGUGUUUGAAAACCUGACCAGUCUAGUCUUCCUACAUCUGCAGCACAACCGGAUUGCUUGUCUUUCACCAGGUGUGUUUUCCUCUUUGAAGCGACUGAGUUUCCUAGACUUGAGCUACAACUUGUUGACGGAGCUCUCAGACCAGUCCCUUCGUGGUCUCCAACAGCUACGUCAACUUUACCUCAGUGCUAACCUUAUUGCCAACUUGUCCACCAGAGCUCUCCCAGGCAACCUCCGCACGCUCUACCUCGACUGGAACCAGCUGACAAGUGUGCCUGCCAGCAUCCGUACCUCUGUCACACUCUCCAGCCUGCAUCUUAGUGGCAACCCAAUCAGGGAGCUGACAGUUAUUUCCUUUGGCAGGAAGCUCGUCUCCCUCAGGCAGCUGUUCUUAGAUAACCUGCCUCUGGAGAACGUCACUGGCUCAUCAUUCAAAAGGCUACGCAGACUCGAGGUCUUGAGCCUGCGGAACAAUAGCUUGGAGUCACUGCCAUCUCUAGCAUCACUGAAAUCUCUCUCUACUUUAUAUCUGACCGGGAACAAGUGGCAUUGUGACUGCAAGUUGAUCUGGCUUCGCACCUGGCAAAAGAGAAUUAUUCGAAAAGAUCGCAGCCCAGUGGAAUGUUGGUCCCCUGAAGCCCUUCAAGGACAACUCCUGGUGAAUAUAGAGGUAACCACCAGACUGACUCACACUGAGAGGGCUCAUGAAUACCUUUAACAAAAUAAGGCUGCUAAUUGAUUUGAUUUAAAAAUUUUAGUUGGUUGAUCAUUUUUUUAAACUUCAAAUUUAAAUGAAUUUACAU